AUGGAGAAUCAGAAGUUACGAUUUUUCAAAAAGGGCGGAACCCUUGAGGAUUGGAAUGAGGUGUUACAAAGUGGCCUUCUGCCCCAUCAGAUGAGUUGGGUUGAUGCCAAGGAGCAUGACGAUAUCCUGAGCUAUGCAGAGUCAGUUCUGGGAAAGGGUAUGGUGAUGGAGUAUGAGUGCCAUGAUUGGAAUGGCCGAGCUCAGGGCAAGGCAUGCCUCCGAGUUGAGGAUUGGAGCGAAGUUGGUAGAGGAUUUUUGGUAGGAGAUCAUUUGGUGGCAAGUGACGGGUACUAUGAGUGGUAUGGCCAGCAUUACCUGAUGAGAGGAAAGGGGCUGUACCAUUUGUGCAGUUGUGACAGAAAGAAGUGCAAGAUCAAGUUGGCGCGAGGAGAUGGAAGAGAGCUGGUACACAUCAGCAGGUGGAGGUUGGUGAAUCCGUUGAUGAUGUAUGACAUGGAGUACUCAAAGAAGCGUGCUCUGGAGGGCAUCGUGAGUUUCAUAGACGCCUGGUCACCCCGUGUGCCCGAACCAGCAGGGGGCCCAGCGGCAAAAGGUAAAGUGGAGACCUUCGAAGACCCGACAGGGAUUGACAAGGCCCUGGAGAAGGCAAAGAAAGCGGUGACUGAGAAUUUAGAGCCAGAGGAGAAGAAGGAGGAGAGCCGUGGUGAGAGAGAAAGAGGGCCGAGAGGGUCCGUUGGAGCCCUGCUGGAAAAGAGGGCAGCAGAAAGGCGUGAGCAACAGUUGAAGAAGGAGGAGGAAAAGGCGAAGAAAGAAAGCCGAGGCAGGAGCCGGAGCCGCAAAAGGCGGCGGGGGAGAAAGAAGAGGAGAGCAUCGUCGAGUGAGAGGAGAAGUGGAUCAGGCGGGAGCCGAAGCUCAGAGUCGUCACGAGGUUUUCGACAGCCCUUCACCCGGGGGGAGGACGAACUGUGGCGGCUCUCAAAGAGAAACCCCGGGCAGCUGCUAAAGAGCGGCAUGAAGGAGCUGAGUCGAUACCUGGCGAGUCGAGCCGAAAGCGGAGGAGGAGACGAAAGUUGGUCGAGUUACAAGAUGAUGGCAUACAUCAAUCAGGUGGUACUGGUUCAGCACCCGCCUCCGGCCAUAGGAGUGAGAAGUCAUCGAGAACUCAUCACCCUCGGGACCGCCAUCGACAUGCUGAUCAUGGGCGAACUGGCGGAGCUAGGAGACCUACUGAUGCAGCGGUUGAAGGCUCUAGAGACCAGUCUGGUCGAGAGCAACUGGAUGUCAGCACGGCAUCAGGAGUUGAUACCCCCUCAAGCCGCAAGCUUGACGUCAGAGAGCGAGAGGAGAAGGGCGGCAAAGCAGGAGGUGAAGGAGAGGUCAAAAAGCCCCGAGCUGGCGCGUCGAGUCCAUUUCGACGAUCAGCCAAGAGAGAUAGGACGGCCCGAAGGAGCGGUGGAGAAACCCGGAGGGUCGUCCUCCGCGAGGCAGCGGCGGUCCGCCUGGCAGAAGGCAGUAUGGCCGAAGAAGGAAAGAGGCUGGAAGAAGCCGGAGGACAGUGGAGAAGGAUCCAGUGAGGAAAGGAGCGAGGCCCUUCCAGCGAAGUCCAACCCCGAGGAGAGUGAUGGAGACUGGGAAAGCUUGAAGAGUGUUGAUCUUGAAGCUGGAGUUGAGGAGAGCUUGGCAAUAAUGCAGCGUUGGCUAAAAGGUGAAGAAUGUGGUGGUAUGAGCAUCUCACAAACAGGAGGACUCUUGGCGUUGGUGUGCAUGCGAAGUGGGACGAACCUGGGCGAGUAUCUCAAGAGGUCCAUCGAGCCGGGGUCUGACGACGGCAAUAGGGGGAGACAGCGGGAAGUUCUGCCCCUGCCGCUUUGGGCCGAUGGGAAGGAACAGCUCAGGAGCCUUUUUGAGUCUGGAGAUUUUAGGAAGUUCGGAGGCACAGACAGGAAGGCCUUUCGACAUGCACGACGAGCAGGUCUACUCAUUUGGCAUUGCCUGGCUGUGGUGGUGCUGAAUUUUCUGUGGACAGGAGGAGGAAAGCAAGCAAAGGUUCACAGAGGGACCACAAGUGUGAGUCAGGCAAGGGCCUUGGAUCGGAUAUGGGAGAUGGUGAAGGCUUUUGUAGAUGAUAGCUCGGAGACAAAGUCAAAGGUGCCCCGUUCCCCAGAGAUGGGGGAGUGGGGGCGAAAGGUUGGCGAUGUGAGGAUCUCAUAUCAAGGUGAGAUAGUAGAGAAAGGGCAACGUCUGACGCUGGAUCAGGUCCUGCCUGGUUUGCCGCCGGCGGGUUAUGGAGCUAGUGGCCCGCCUUCAGCUCCGAACGUGUGGAGUGAUCCGCGCCUGGCCAAGGGCACAUUGGCCAAGCUUUGGGAAAAUGAGUCAUCCUUGAGGGCACGAAUGAUGGAUCAGGACUUCCCCUACUUGACUCGCUGGGUCACAAACCCGAAGACCAAGAAUGUGGCAAUAGGAAUCCCAUCGGUGAAAGCCAUGGGAUUGAACGUCACCGCCUUGGAAAAGCUUGCGGAGUGGUACUGCCCGGUGCAACCCAUCGCAAAAUGCGUCAACAUCAACGUGAUGAGGAGGGAGGACCCAAAUCUGGAGAACUUUUUCGCCAUCCUCGAGCGUCACUGGGCUGAGUCUGGACCCAUUGCCAACGAUGGCUAUGACGAUGCGUGUGAUUCUGACCCGGACGAUGAGGACACUGACCCAGUGGUACCCGAAAGCACAAGUAUGGAUAUGGUGGACACUGUGCCCAUGGAUACCCAAGAUAUGACCGCAGCUGAGAGUGUUGUGGAGAAUGCCAACGCGGCUAAGUCCUGUGAGGCUGUGCCCAUGGAGCCCAAGGAUACGUACAUACCUGCAGCUCCUGUGGAGGAAACCUCCAGUCAGUUGCUUAAGGCUGGGCCUUUGAAGACCCAAGAUGUGCUUGAAGCUCACGCGGAAGAAAAUGAAAAGGAAAAGCUGCUCAAGGCACGAACUUUGAUUCUUGGUGAGUCGCCGUCAGGCAAAGGCUUUGGGCUUUCUGGGGGACCACCGGCGGGGGAUGCCGGGCCUGCCUCUGGUGAAGUUGCCCAGCAUGCUGGGCAGAAAGAGGAGACCGUGGAUGGCUUCGGUGGGGAAGAACAGUUUGAGCCGCCUCGAGUGUCUGAUAGUGAACAGGCGCAGGGAGGGGAGAAAGAGUCAAAGAAUCUUGAGAAAGGUAAGAUCGAAAAGGGUGAGCACAAGGAUCCGGAGAAACCCGAGGAAACAGUGGUCAUUGAAGAGAAGGUGAAAAAUAAAGAGUUGGAGCACAAGGGCCCAGAGAAGCCUGAGGAAACAGUGCCCUCUGGCUCGGCAGCUUCGAAGAGGAGCGAAGAGUUGAAGAAUGAAGACGGCUCUGAUUCUAGCGGCGGCGGUCCUGCAUUGCCAACAGUCACGAGACUGGACCAGCAAGCAUUCAAGAAAAUGAAGACCAAUGUGCAGAAGAUGAACAAAGAAGAGCCAGCAGAGUCAAAACGUGGACGGGGUCGUGGCCGUGGCCGCGGACGUCGCCAAAAGGAAGAUGAAGAUGAGCCUCUGCCAGCACAGAAGAAAGCCAGGACCGAUGAUGAUGAUGAUGAUGAUGAGGCCCGCAGAGACUUGACAACAACGUUCGAAGCCUUGGCUGAGGAAGAACAGGGAAAAGAAGCGAAGACAAAGAAGACAAGGCAGCCCAAAGCGAAAGCCAAGGGGAAAGCCAAACCGAAAGCAAAAGGGCAACCCAAGGCGAAAGCAAAAGGGCAACCCAAGGCGAAAGCAAAAGGGCAAGCCAAGGCGAAAGCCAAAGGGCAAGCCAAGUCAAAAGCCAAAGGGCAGCCCGUUGAGAAGCCAAAGAGGGCAAUCUUCAACACUCCUGCAAGGAAGAGCAAGACACCCUCAGAGGAGACACCCGACCCGGCUCACCAGGAAGAUGCAGCAAAACGGGCAAAGGGCCCGAAGAAAAAGAAUGCUGACAAGGCUACCUUUGCUGGCCGCUACCCACCGUCGAAUGAGGCAGCAUUGGGUCGGUUCAAUGCCCUUUGCUCGGCGUACAGGACUGCUAUCGAGCCUCUGGUCAAGUCCGGGAGUCGAGUGGAGGUACUUCUGCGAGAAAUGAGGCGCGGACAAAGUUGGCUGGCCAGCCAUGGCUUCUUUGCUUCGAUCCCAGAAGGCUUUGCAUCGCUCUUUGCCUUCAGGACUUCUCUCCUGCUACUGGUCUGUAUGGCAAUGGAGGGGCAUUUUAUUUUGGAGAACCCCCGAAGUUCUUUGAUGUUCUUGUACAUGAUGGAUGUGUUCAAGACCGUCGCUGAGCUAGGUGAACCGGUAUCUCACAAGGAACCGGAGACGCUGCCAGGUGAACCGGUAUUUCACAAGGACUCGAUCGAACCCACCCAGGAGACCUUUGUCUCGGAGGUUGAAGUCUUAAGGUCGGAGAUGGAAUCCACAGAGCUCACUGUGGAAGGAGAAUUUGCCACGGAAGCAGACAUGAUCGAGAAAGACAUCUAUCAGAACAUCACGCUCUACUACGUUGAGCGCAGCUACAAAGCUUCGAUGAAGCCCCUUGUUGGAACGCAGAGGAAGAGAUCUUCGAUCGAGAUCAACCAUCGUGCGCGCAUGGAUGUGCAGGGCGGCCUCCAGGACCUUGAACUGAAACCAGGGUGUGUUCUUGGUGAAGGGGUUGAAGAAGGUGAAGAGGAAAUCACGAAGUCCGACGAUGAGAACCAGGAAAAUGGCGCCAAACUUCGCAAGAAGCUUGGAAUCCCUGAGAUGGAUCCUGACGCCUUGCCAAGCAGUUGCCUACCAAAAUAUUUGACAUGCAUGGCCAAGCGAAUCUCGUCUUUGGCAGCCCUGACUGCAAAGUUCAACAAGCCAAAACUCUCCGAUAUUCAGACUCGGCUUCUUGACGUGCUCAUCAUGUUGCGGGAGGCUCUGCUGAGUGAGUCCUCAGCUUUGGAAGAGAUCCACAAGCCUUUCAUUCCAAAAGAGUCAAAGGAUGAGAAGGGUGCGAAGGGUCGCGCGGCCGCAAAGGCGGCUGUGAAAGGUUCUCACAAAGCUCCUGAGCCUGGGGAUCUGACCAACAACUAUGCAGAGCUUCUGUCUGAAGGGGUCCCAGCGGCGAAGCUUCGACACGUUGCAGACAAAGCCCGAGCAGAGGUUGGAGAGAGGCAGUUGGCCUCAAAGGCAUCCAGCGGUGCCAAUGCUUGCCGAGAGGCUCACGCCUUUAUUGGAAGAUGGAACUUAGCUUGGAAGAUUCCCUACAGCUACCUGCCACUCCAAAAAAAAGAUGGCUCACAGAUUGAAGUUCCCUACAUAUCACCGAAGGAUUACUUGAAAUUUCUUCUUGGCAAAGCUCCACACCUUCUUUAUGGGGGCCUUGAUGAUUUGGAACUGGGUGCCAAGCAUUGGGAAUGCUUUUGGAAUCACUACCGGGAGAUUCACCCAACACAUGUUUUGUUCGAGGCUUCCGGGAAUACGGAGAGAAGGCUCAGCAACACAAUAGGUCUUGCCUUCUACGGGGACGAGGGCCGCGGCCUGAAACGUGGAAACACAUGCAUCAUCACCAUGGAGACCGUCUUGGGCCUCAUGGAUCCUUCAAAUCCCCGAGACUCCAGAUGCUGUGAGAGCUGUUGCGUGUCCAAGUCAACAGCGAAAAGGUAUGACUUGAGGGAAGGGUUCAUGGCUUCCCCCAACGAUCUUGGUGAAAUCCCACUGUUCGCGCAGCAUGUUUCAAACUACAAACACCACAGCUUUUUGACUAAGUAUGCCCUCAGUAUCCUACCGCAUUCCUACUUCAAGGAAACUGACCUCCUCGAGCGAUUGAUGGGUAGGCUAUGUCAGGACUUCCGGGAGCUUUUCGAGUCUGGUCUGGAAACUGGUCAAGGAAAGGUGUUUGCUGCCCUUACUGGGAUGAAAGGUGACCUCAAAUGGUACCAGUCCAUUGCAAACUUGUCACGCUGCUUUGCCAAGCAGUUGAAACCGGAUGAGCCGUGCUGCCACCAGUGCAUGGCUGGAACGGCAGACAUGCCAUUUGAACAAACAACCCACAAUCCAGAUUGGGCCCAAACCAUGUUCUUCCAACGACCAUGGGCACAAGACAACGAACCACAAGCCAUUACGAAUCUCCCAUUUGAUGCAGCAGCGCCAGAAAGAAUCUUGCGUCGCGAUGUAUUUCAUAAUGCUAAGCAAGGCACAUUCCGUGACUACAUAGCAAGCACAGUGCUUCUACUUUGCUUGCUUGGAUACUUUCACGACAGUCAUGGGAGCAACAGCCGAGAUGCUCUGCUGGGCCGGGCGCACGCCCACUUCAGUUUGUGGUGUUGCAGCACGGGCAAGACGCCCGCCCUACGCAGUUUCAACUCUCUCUUCUUUAGCAUUACUUCAUGGAGUGACUAUCCAUGGAUCAAUUGCAAGGGCAGCGACACGAGCCUAUGUGUGUCCUGGCUCCGUUGUCUCACACGCUGCCUCCUUUUUGACCUGAAGGAUCCGGAGCACAAGCAAACGCUUGAGUCGAUGCACCAGGCAGCUGUUCAGGGAGAGCGCUUUUUCAAGAUCGUGUACACUCACGGUAUCUGGCUCAGCCGGCACUGUGCUGCUGCAACAUACGAGGCUUUGCAUUUGUUUUUGAAAGAGUACAACACGCUGUCUUUCCUGUCGCUUUAUAAGCAUGCCUACACGGGGUACGCCAAGAAAACCAAAAUGCAUAUGUUGGCCCACGAGAAGUAUGACCUUCACAUGCUCUUGGUUGGCAAAAGACCUGUUGCAUUGAAUCCGGUGAUUUUCGCAACGGAGCAAAACGAGGACACAGUGGGGCCUCAAAUUCAUGCCUCCCGGGAGGAAUGGGAGAAGAUUGCGGGAGAGAUGUACCGACGAGGCCUGGUGAAGACGGUUGCGGCGCCAGUGCUUGUGCGUGGCAGAUACUUGGUGAAUGGUAGUUUCGGGGUGGCAAAGCCGGGCAAGUACCUUGAUGAUGAGCGACCGGUCUUGAGGCUGAUCAUGGAUUUUCGAGGUACAAACGCGGCGACCCGAGUUCUUGAGGGAGAUGUGAGGAGCUUGACAGGAGCCCCGGCUCUACAGCAUGUGGUUCUGCCGGCGGGCAAGGUAGUGAGGAUGAGCGCCGAUGAUCUGGUGUCAGCCUUUUAUUUGUUUGCUCUCCCACCGGGUUGGCCUGAGAUGAUGACGUUUGCAGAAAAGGUAAGCUGGAGAAGCCUGGGAGUAGAGCGAGAAGGAGAAACCUAUAUUGGGGCGGCUGUGCUCCCAAUGGGUUGGGCGUCGGCCGUGGGAGUGCUGCAGCAUGCCCAUAGGAGGUUGGCCCUGCGAUCACCUUUGCAAGGCGGAGGAGGUUUGCUGGGAAAGUGUGAGAUACGACGAGACAGCGUCUUUCCCAACCUGGAGGAGGAAGAUAAGUUAUGGUCUCUGUAUCUCGAUGACACCAGCCUCUAUGAGAUCAUGGAGGCACGAGUGGCCGAAGACCUGGAAGGCAAAAGCUCGGAAGAACAGGAAGCCCUGAGACGGGCCUAUGCGCAUUGGGGGGUACCGUACUCGAAAGAAAAGAGCUUGCAGAGGGCUCGGAGGGCCGAGAAGCUCGGAGCCGUGGUUGACGGAGAUCGAGGAACCCUUCAAGGAUCGAUGAAGAGAGCGCUGGAUAGCCUGUCGCUGAGCUUUUGGCUGCUGAGGCAAGAGAAGGUACCCCGGAAAGGAUUGCAAGUAUUUUUGGGACGAGAGGUGCACACGUUGCAGUUCCGUCGACCUUUGUUUGGAGUUUUCGACUAUCUAUGGAAGGACAUUUCGGAUGGGGAGGUCCUGAUUGAACUGGGAGCCAAGUCAGUAGAGGAGAUAUUGAUGGCAGGUUGCAGUCAGCCUCUGAGAGUGACUGACUUGAGGGCGAAACUGCAUGAAGUGGUGACGGCCUCUGAUGCCAGUGAAACAGGUGGUGGCUCUGUGUAUGGAUCAAAGCUGACCUCCCGUGGUCUCAGAGAAAUGUGCGCCUUGGAGGAGGAAGAAGAUGAUGUUGGCGGCGAGGGUAUCAAUCUGGAUGAACCCCAAAGUGUUCUGGUGUUCGACUUCUUUGCAGGCAUAGGAGGCCUGAGUCGAGCGCUGGAGCUGGCCGGACAGAAGGUGGAUCAUUUGGUGGUGAUUGAGAAGGAUCCUGAAUGUCUAUCAAAGUUGAAUGUGGACCGAAUUCAUCUUCAAGACCCUAGAUCUCAAUUGUUCUACAAGUAUGUGGAGAUCCUGGGAUGGAUUGAGGACCUGGCACGAGAAAUGAAAGUAUGGUCGGUCCUGAUGGUGGAAAAUGUGGUUGGAGAUGACGCGGACAUCCGGGAAAUGAGCCAGCAGCUGGGAUGCCGUCCGGUGCACGUUUGCUCAGGAUGCUUGUCAUGUGUCCGCCGUCCAAGAUUGUAUUGGUGCAAUGUAGCCUUGGAUGACCAUGCUAGCUUUCAGUUGAACCACCACGAGCCCUACGAUGUGAUAGAGUUCAACGAGGAGCUGGAGCCCUUGGGUUCGGUGUGUGAUGAGCAGUGGUUUUGGCCGGCGGCUGAGGUCAACAAGAACCUGCGGCUACCCACGUUCACCCGAGCCAUUCCACGAAGAAAUCCACCAAAGGAGCCAGCAGGGCUGCAGUCCUGUGAUCGGAGCACAUUAGACAGAUGGAAGGAGGAUAGGAUGAAGUUUCCGCCGUACACUUACAGACCUGAGUUCCUGUUCCAUCAUGCCGCAGGAGAAGAGGUGAAACGAGUGGCAUCAGCGACCGAAAGAGAGAGGUUGAUGGGGUAUCCCACGGGAUAUACCUUGGCCCUGUUUCGAAAAGAGGCAGAUACGGAGGAGGAGAAAACAAAGCAGUCAGUGGCUCGAGAGGCGGCUAUCGGAAAUAGCUUCCAUGCUGUGGUUGUGGCUUGCUUGAUGGACCUAUGGCUAUGGAAGAAGCAAGCCCGAACUGACCCAAAGGGAGCCAGUGCCAUAGUGAAGAGGUGGCACGAGGAGAUGGCCGUCAGAAGCUUCAAUGACAUUGGAGAAAAGGACGAUGCCACGACGCAUGUUAGCGAGAGUGAAAGAGACAAGGAGGAGGAAGAAGCCCAGGCGCAGAUGGCCCGGAACCCCAAGCGUGAGCAAUGGCUUCGUUUGGCGGGACAUAGUUUCGGAAAGGAUGGAGGAGCCCGCUUGUUGAACGUCCGGCUGAUUCACCAGUAUCUCCGGAGGAUGGAAUUUCGAGGAAGUGAUGUUCGCUUGGACCUGCAGGUGGUGUACCGUCCUGAUGCGGUCACCCGGACGACAGUUGAUCCGGGGCGCUGGGUUUGGAAGACAGCCCAAUCGUACAAGUGGCACCAAGAUGAGCAUAUCAACCUUUUGGAGUUGAGGGCCAUCCUGAGGAGCCUAGAGUGGCGGGCCCGAUCGGCCUCCUUUCAUUCCUGCAGGUUUCUUCACCUGUCGGAUUCCCAGAUCUGCCUGGCUGUGCUGACAAAAGGUCGAAGCAGCUCAAGAAAGAUCAGUCGCAUUUUGCGGAAGAUCUCAGCCUUGUGUGUCGCCUUGAAUCUCUUCCCCUUAUGGGCUUGGAUCGCAUCCCGAUUGAAUCCUGCGGAUGGUCCAAGCAGGCGUUUUGAGAAGGAUGCCAAGAAGGGAGAUUAA